AUGUUUUAUAUGAUAUACAUGUAAGAUUGUACAGCUUUCACGAUGGAAGCACGUAAAGUUCAUAUUGUUUUAUUUGUAGUUCUCACAAUGGGGGAUAUUAAUUUGGCUAAACCAUGCUCCGAUUCUGGGUGUCGGUCAGUUAAAAUGCCGUUAGUGUCAGACAACUUAAAGGCUCCAUUAUUAGCUGAACUGGACGUAUCAAUAAUUAACCAGCAGCUAAAAGAAUAUAUUGAUGAUGCUAUAAAUAUAACAUUUAUUGACAGAUUCCAUGACGUCGUCGAGGAAAAACAAAAGUCGUUAAAAUCGAAGGUGUCGGAAAUUUAUAAACAAUUAGCCAGUAUGUCGGUAUGGAAUGGAAAAUUGUCCAAACAGUUUCUAGAAAUGUCACGACCCUGUGAGAAAGGAUGGAUAAAGUUUGGAAUCCACUGUUACUACAUCGGACCAGAUACAAAGACAUGGGAAGAUUCUGUAACUGAUUGCCAGAGGAGAGGUUCUAACUUGGUUAAAGUAGAGGACGCAUCGGAAAAUCUCUGGCUUCAAACUGUAAUGAUUGCAAACAACAUCGAUAUACUUAGGAUUGGUGCACAUGAUAUUCAUCAUGAAGGAACAUGGCGCUGGAUUUCUGAUAACUCAGGUGUGGAUUACACAAACUGGGGAGGCGGACAGCCUGAUGAUGCUGGCGCAAAUGAAGACUGUGCUGAAUUAUGGAAAGCAGCUUCGUACCGAUGGAACGAUCGUCCAUGCUCAUAUUUAUUGCGAUAUAUUUGUGAGAAAUAGAUGAAAGCAAAACAUUUAUGAUCAAUUGAUAAAUUUGUGUAGUCUUCCUAUUAUAGCUGAAGUCACUAACUUUAUCAACCAUCAACUAUCAAUGUUAAAAUUAUCUUACUCAAUGUUUUAUGUAAGCAAUUAAAAUUCAGCAGAUUUGA